UAAAGUAACGCUGAAGGGAAACAAUAAUAUACUUCAUUAAAUACAAUAAUAUUAUCCAAUCUUUCUGAAAAUUAUUGACGGAUUUCGUUGCAAGAAGAAACACAAUGUUGCUGUUGUUCCUCCUCUGCCUGUUAGCAGUCUUGGCAUCAGCGCAGGAUGAAGCACAGAAAGCGGAGCAAAUUUUCCAAGAGAUUGAUACAGAUAAAAACGGAAAAAUUAGUCUGAAUGAGUUUAAGGCUGCUUUUAAUAAAUACGAUGCCGACAAUGACGGCAAGGUCACAUAUAAUGAGUACUAUGGUUACGUUCACAAAAAUGACCCAUCAUUGGACUACUCCCUGCGUUAUUUAUACACCACUUUUGAUGUCGAUAACAACGGUUCUCUAAAUGACAAGGACUUUACGGCUCUGCUUAAUAUAAUGGACACUAGUAAAAAUGAGGGUGUGAACAAGGAAGAGUUUGUUGCAUGGGACAAAACUGUGUUCACUACUGCCGACAACCAGCCAAAGGGCUAAAAGUAUGAUGGCAUAUGACAGAUGUCAUAUGACAAGCAAAAAUAAUGACAAAUAAAAUAAAAUAAAAAA